AAACUCAUGCACCCACCUUGUAUACUUCAGCGUGAGUUUGGAGGAGGUGGUGCUUUGCAAAGAGUAUUGGAUUUUUGAGUUCAGUAUAUCGAAGAUGGGACGCGUUAAAAAGUGCCCUGAUCUGAAAACGCGCUGGGACCCGACCAGUGGUGUUUGCAUUUUGUGCAAGAUAAGAGCAGGGUUUCAAGUAACCGAUCAUUGUGGACAUGAUGAUCAUGGAUCGUCACACGGACCUCCAUACAUACAGUGCAAACCCAACACUUUCAAUGACGGCAGCAGCCCGGACUGUAAACCCUGUUCCAUGUGCGCUUCUGGACACGUUACCUUGACACAAUGCAACGCAACGACUGACACCGUUUGUUCCGACAUGAGAAGCUGGACGACCACAGUUCCUGUCACAACACCACCAGUAACUACUCAAUAUGUUCCAGCUCCUUCCACCAAUGCAUCAACGUUUCAGGCUAAGGACAUGGAAAAGUCAUUCCCAACAAAAGAAGGGACUACACCAACUAUACCUCAUGUAGCAUGGGCAGCACCGUUAGCCAUCCUAAUUUUCAUCAUGCUUGCAGCCUCAUUGGCUUUCAUACUCAACAUGAAACGGAAAAGAGGACAACGUACAGUGAUUGGUUUUAACAGAAGACCGUCUUAUGUCAAUCCAGGCUUCUCUCCUCUUCCCACUCCGGCUUGUGACAAUGACCUGGAGGACAUUCUCAAUCACAACAUCCUGUCAGCACCUUUGCAGACGGUGCUGGACAACCUGGAUGUCUUGGAGGAGUUGGUGAUUUUGCUGGAUCCAGAAAGCCAAGGAAUAAAGAACACCAAACAUCUGGCUUCGCUCUGCUCCUUCCCCUCCCCCUGGGUGACCUACACCUACUCCAUGAGGGAGAGCAAGAGCCCCCUGAAAGCUCUGCUGGAGGCGGUGACCAGCAAGAACCCCGAGUGGACUGUCGGCCACCUGGCGAAGCUGCUCAGACAUAUGGAGCGCAAUGACGCCAUCACUGCUCUCGCCAAACUGAGAUGAAUGAAACUGGGGUAUAGUAGUUACUUCACCCGACUGCAGAAAGUUGUGCAAGAUGUAGACAUUAUAACUUUUUUCUGAUUGUGUCAGAUUCUGCAUUGUAAAUCAGGGCUACAUGACAGAUUGCUUCAGCAGAUCCCAAUAUUGCAGUGUGACUUAAGGCAGAUUUGCACUGCUUAACAUGUUGCCUUCAUCUGUGUCACUUUUUCGUAACACAAUGACAAUCACACUAGGCCAGAGCUGGUAAUGUUUUUAUAUCACUUUGCAGUCAGCACAAGUCUGAACUGCAUAGAAUCGCAUUACUGCAGUGACAUUCUUUGAGCUGUAUGAAAUGAUUUCAUGAAGGUUUUCUAACAUAUAUAAGCACCGAUAUUGGUCCAAAAACUAAAUUUGCCAAAACAAUUUGCAGCUUUUUUUUGCUACCUGUCUUAAAGAACAUCAUUUACUGCAUUUUCAAGGGCUUUUGAUUGGUUGAGUUUUUUUGCUCGCUCACAUGCAUGUGACGUCAGUGAAAUGAGGAACAGGAUGGAAAUACUAAAAAGCAAGUUAAAAGGAAAUGCCAAGUCAGCUGGCUGGAAGUAUUUUGGCUUCAGAAAGGAUGACAUUGACUAAAUCAGCAGGUUCUCCGUGAGCAGUGUCAUGCAGUCGUUGGCACAACAUGAAGCACUCACAAAUGAAUCAUCAGAACAAAACCCCAAUCCAAAGCAAAAACUGUUUUGCAUGACUGCCAGUGUUUCACAGUAUUAGUAAAGUUCUGUGCAUCUUUUUUUUUCCAGCUUUUUAGAAAUUAUUACUCUGCCAAGGAACGCGGCGGAGCUAUGUGACGAUCAGCGUAUGUUUGUCUGUCUGUCUGUCUGUCUGUCUGUUAGCAACAUUACUCAAAAACAAACUGACAGAUCUGGAUGAUAUUUUCAGGGAAGGCAAGAAAGGACACAAGGACCAAGUGAUUAGAUUUUGGCAGUGAUGUCGCUUAUAGUCUGGAUCCAAGGAUUUGUUAAAGAUUUCUGUAUUAUGAGAUAGCGGAACAGUGUCACUCUAUGACAAGUGAACACUACGUCAGCUGCCUGCUGACGAUCACAUGACUACCAUCCUCCUACAAAUCAGGACUUAUCCAUCGGAAAAGAUUCAAGGAACAAUUGAUUAAAUUGUGGGCUUAUUUCCAUGUCCCAUCAAUUCCCGUAGAUUUCAUCCACUGGAAAUCAUACGACUGAGCAGCCUUGGCGAAGUACUGUACUGCAGAUUCCCCUCCCUACAAAAUCACCACAAUCUUUCUAGCAUCAUUCAUUCUUGCCAAACAGUGUUUUUCAAGUAGUCUUGUGAAAGUUCACGUGUUUUAAAAAAAAAAAAUCAUUUCACAAUAAAACAUUUUGCAACAUAA